CUCUCAAGUCAUUUUCUGUGAAACAUUUUUUUUGUAUAAACAAAAUAUUUUAAGGAUGUAGUGCAAGUGAAAGAAAUUAUUGUCGAUAUUUUAGUCCUUGGAAAUUUAUUUCUGAGGACUAAAAGUUAGGAAAUAACAAGAAUAAAAAACAAUGAACGACGACCAAAUUUCAAAACUACCUCUACAUGACAAAACACUAAUUAAAGGCAACAAAAUAUGUAAAACAUCAUGAUGACUCGCAUUAACCCUCGUGACAUUUUAAAAAAAUGAAAAUUGUAGCGAAAUCCAAGACAUCUUUUAUUUGUGUCAGGCUCUAGGGAAGAAAGCGGAUUAUCAUUGAGUCAGCUGAAUCUUAAAACAUUGAAAACGGCCUCAAGGACAUGAGCCGCUAUUAUUGCGUCGCCGUUAAUUUGUGUGGUUGUAAAAGUCAUGCUUGCGUUGUCGAGGCCGACACCACCACCACCAGUAUUGUUUGCAAUAUCACCAAAGAGAACGAGAAGCGAGGACAAAAGUUGCAACAAGAGGAAUUGUACAACGUCAAAAAGCUGCCGCCAUUCUGUUCAAGAAAGAAACGCGCACGGACACGAAGAAAAAUUUGUGUUUCAGCAUGUUAGAAAAUUCAAUCGAAAACUCAUCAAAAAGUGUUCCGCAUCAAAGAAACGCCAUAUCAUCAUUUUUGUGACUACAGCUACUAGAAGAGAUGUAAAAAAAUGUAAAAUUUUUAUCGUUUUUCAUUCUCGAUUCAUAUGCAGAAAUAAUAAAAUUGUAGCAUAUGCCACGACACCGAUUUGCGGUCGCAGUGACAGGACCCACAUCACUUCACGGAUUUUCGAUGAAAAAGUCGCAUUGCCGGCCAUGUGGUUAACUGAUGUUCGAUGGUGGCAAUGGCUAUGGUGGAUCAAUGACUAUUAUCGGCUCUACAUUAACGAAUUACCACACCUUAAUGUUGUCUCCAGGUUUCAAGUACCAAUUAGUUAUGUGAAAAAAAGUAAAAAAUCACUACGACGAGAGUUUAUGUUGUUGUUAAAGCGAGAUAAAAUAAUAAGUGAUCAUUAUUUUUUGCCAUCACUACAUCACUUUUUCGUAGUCAUUCAAACUAUUCACUGUGUUAUCGUUAUUAUUAUAGUUGACUUGAUGAGAUGUUUUAUUAUCAAUUUUAUUGGAAAUAUAUUUUUAUACUGUUGCCACGAACAAGUACACGAGAAAAACGACAGAAGUGAACAACAAUUGAGUAUUUUGCCUUUUACUAGAAACUUUAUUGACUUUGUUUGGAAGAAACAACACACGAAUACGAGAAGAAAAGGAGAAAAAUCAAUUUUUACUGAAUACGAACCUAGAACUAACAAAGAUAAAAAUAAUAACAAAUUUAUAAUAAAUAAUAGUAAAAAUAAUAGCAAGAGAACAAGAAGUUGUUGUGAUCGAGUAACAUGCAAUGAACGAACAAAAUGGAAUAUGAAAGACAUUUUCUUACCAUCCCACGCCUCAGUACAAGGAAUUGAAUUACUAAUAAAAUUUCUAUUAUUUUUAUCAAUAUCGUCAUACACGUGCAUAAUCAAUGUAACAAACAGUUUUGUAUCUUCUUUAUCAUCGCAAACACAGCAACAACAUCCGUCGCUUGUAGUGCCGCCAAAUGAUGACCAACAAAAAUGUAGAAAAAUGCAAGACAUUAGUUAUUCAUCGUCAUCUCGAACGCGAACAAAGUCCACUAAGAAUUUUUGUACGACAUUUUUGCUCCUUUUCACUUGCAUCCCCAUGAUUGCGGGCUCAUCAAUUCAUGCAAACGUUAAAUAUAGCACAAACAUAAUUAAAACAAAGUACGGACCACUGCGCGGUAUCCUUGUGAGAACAAAUCCUCCAGUUGAAGCGUUUUUAGGAGUUCCAUAUGCAACGCCACCAGUCGGAAGUUUGCGAUACAUGCCACCUGUGACACCGUCUACGUGGAAAAAUACUCGUCUCACAGACCGCUUUGCUCCCGUUUGUCCACAACUUCCACCUGUUCCUGCUUCUGGCCCUGAAGCUCUUCUAGAAGUACCACGUGAACGUCUAGCACAACUAAGGCGCUUGCUUCCACUUCUAGCUAACCAAUCUGAAGAUUGCCUCUAUCUCAAUCUUUAUGUUCCAAGACAAGGCGACUCUGCAGAACCUAUGGAUCAACCGUUGGCAACAAUCGUUUACAUUCAUGGCGAGUCUUAUGAAUGGAAUUCAGGAAAUCCAUAUGACGGAUCGGUUCUCGCGUUACAUGGUGGCGUCAUUGUUGUGACAAUAAAUUUUCGGUUGGGCGUUUUAGGUUUCCUUAAAACUGGUGCCAAAGGAAGUGCUCAAGGAAAUUUCGGCUUGAUGGAUUUAGUAGCAGGCCUUCAUUGGUUGCACGAAAACCUACCUGCCUUUCACGGAGAUCCAAAUCGUGUAACACUCAUGGGACACGGUACAGGAGCUGCCCUAGCAAAUAUGCUUGUUGUUUCGCCCGUGGCAGGAGACUUGGUUCAUCGGGCCAUUCUAUUAAGUGGGUCGGCAUUGUCACCGUGGGCGAUUCAGCGAGAUCCUCUUUAUGUCAAAAGAAAAGUUGCUGAACACACAGGUUGCCAUGGUGAGUUAUUAGAGGAAGAUCUGGCACCUUGCUUGCGCGGCAAAAGUGUGAAGGAACUUUUAGGAGUUCGAUUGGAUACACCAAGAUUUUUGCCUGGCUUUGCGCCAUUUGUCGAUGGAACUGUUAUUGUGAAUCCCGCUACAACUCCAAUCGAUCCAUUAACACUGCCACCUGGGUCGGCAAUUGCAAGCACGCAAGGACUCGAAUUGGCGGAUUUUCCCACGAGAGAGCUUAUAUUUGGAUUGACCUCAUUAGAAUCAUAUUUGGAUCUGAGUGCACAAGACUUAGAAUUCGGUUUCAAUGAAACACGACGCGAUAGAAUUUUACGUACAUAUGUUAGGAACGUGUAUCAUUAUCAUUUAAAUGAGAUAUUUUCAGCUUUAAAAAAUGAGUACACUGACUGGGAGAGGCCUCCACGUAAUCCAUUAAGUGCACGUGAUGCCACACUCGAAUUUUUAAGUGAUGGUCAUACGGCAGCGCCAUUAGUUCGCUUAGGUUAUAUGCAUAGUUUGAGAGGUGGACGUACAUAUUUUUUACAUUUUCGUCACCAAUCGGGCGAACGUGAUUUUCCACAAAGAGGCGGAUCCGUUCGUGGUGAAGAUGUGCCUUUUUGUCUAGGACUUCCACUAUCACCUUUAUUUCCUUACAAUUAUACCCAACAAGACGUACAAACCAGUCGUGUUUUCAUAUUAUACAUUUCACAAUUUGCCCAAACUGGCAACCCAAAUGGAUUAAUUUCAUCGUCAAAUAUUGACAUAUCUCAUGCCAAUAACAAUAAUAAGCACACGAACGUUAUAGAGCAAGAGCAUCUGCUGGCGAAUCUCCACUCGUCGGUUCUACAUCACUACGAUGAGAAUGUUCAUUUGGCUGCAAUCGGUCGUGGCAGCAGUAACGUCGCUGUAAAUAACAAUGCAGGAAUUGGAGAAAGACAAAUAAUGUCGUCUUCAUCGACAUCGCAGCCCUCAAACAGCAAGAACAAACGAAGAAGAGAGACGGAAAAAAAUAAUCGCCCUCUCGUUAGUGAGCAGAGCAUUUCAGCUAAUGGCAUUACUCUCUCUGCUAGUAUAAAUAAUCAUAAUAACAAUGUUUAUCACAAACUUCGGCGAAAACGAGCACCCAACACGUCUCCCAAUAAUAAUAACGUCGAAAAUGAAAUUGAAGAAGAAGCAGACGAAGAGUUGGAACCAGAAGAUGAGGACUAUGAGGAAGAAGAAGAUCAUGACGACGAGGAGCGCUCAAAAACUGAUAGGUUAGAUGACAUCAGCAAACUUCACAUUCCUUUUUGGGACACCUAUGACUCUAUCAAUCAAAUUUACCUGGAAAUGGGAGCCCGUGCAGAGGCACGUAAUCAUUAUCGUGGUCAUAAAUUGUCGAUGUGGUUAAGUUUGAUACCGCAACUACACUCGCCCGGAGAUACUGCUGAAAUGAAUAUGAGACAUCAUCAUUUCUUGGAAGACAGUGCUCAGUACUACGAUGGUAUCGUGCGCCAACAAUCAUUCACCCGUCCACCUGUUGUUAAAAGUCCAGUUCCCAAAAUAACGUCGACACGGGCACCGAUUAUAUCUUCUACCAUGAUGACAAUGACAGAGGUGACACCCAUCACCGCAAUACCCACAGCCACAACAGUAGAAUGUCCUCCAAAUACGACAAUUGUGCCGACAAUUGCAGCCACCCGGCCGCAACAUAACAAUAAUGGCGGCAGUAACAACAGUAACGAUAAUAGUUUAUUAAAGCGCCUCGCAAGCACACAUCUGCAAAGUUAUGCAACAGCAUUGACAAUAACAAUAGCGGUCGGUUGCUUCCUUCUCCUGCUGAACGUGUUCAUAUUCGCUGCCAUUUAUUAUCAGCGGGAAAAACGUGCCAAUUAUACAAAGCGCAAAGAAGAGUUGACUGAAACAGAUUUGAUAAAUUCUUCGUCGUCGCCUAGCAUCGAGAGGUACCAGCACAAGUUGAUCACCGGCCAAAUAGGCGGAGGUGGAGGCGGCAGCAGCUGCAGUCGCAAAAGCAGCAUGCAGAGUUUAGCUGGUGCCAAUGGUUUCGGCGAAUACGAGAUGCAUUUGAAGGAGAAACUGUGCACCGUCGAACUGCCAAUGCAGGAAUUCAGAUGUCCGUCAACGUCGAACAGCAGCGGGACCCAGUCGAUUAUCCAGGCACAUUGUGCAACGCCACAGCACCAACACAAUAUUAUUCAACACACAAACGACUCAUUAGUUGUUUAUCCGCCCACCUAUACGUCCCAUCCACCUUCUGACAAUAGUGAUAGUAUCCGCAAUGUUCUCGUAGAGCACUGUCACCAAGCAACUCAAGCCACAAAUACCGAUAAUAACUUGAUCAUGAGCGAAAGUGAUCGCGAUCUCAGUCCCGGCAUACCGGAACCACCUCCGCCACCAAAAGGGAUGCCCUUCCAAGCAGGCAUCCUUCGAAAUCAGGGUGGACCUUCCACGCCAAGCACAUCCAAGAAACGCGUUCAAAUUCAAGAGAUUUCUGUGUGACAAACAAAUUAUCAUACAUAGCUAGUAGUUAGUAUUUUAAUAUGUAAAACGUUAAAGGUGGUCAUUCAUAUGCCUCUCAUUAUCUCUCACUCACGCUCACUACUUUUUAUUUCAUAAAUAGGUGUACAACGCAAAAUAGGCCUACAAUUUUAUGUUUGCAUAUCUCUCCCUUGAUGGUAAUUUUUAAAUUGUCGGUAUAAAUGUGGCGUGCAUUUGUAUCAAUUUUACCCACACAAAC